CAUCAGAAACUGUCAAAGUCACGAAAAAGACGCUAAAGUCUAUCUUUUCGUAAAUAAAAGCUAAAAGUUGCUGUUAUUUAUAAUAAUUGGUAUAAAAAGUACUUAAAACGAUUCGUAUUAAGUUCGAGGCUGUGUAUAAAACAUAAAUAUGGGGGAUUUGUGCACCGCUUGCAUGUGUUCGGGACGGAAUUUGUAUUACAUCGGAGAUACUGGCUAUCACCACUUGUAUUCACAAAUUUUGAAUGAAAUACAGAUCUACGACACGUCUCCCCUAUACAUCCGAGUGUGCUGGGAGUGCCGCGCCGUGCUGCGCAAGUGGCUGCAGUUCACGCGCCGCGUCAAGCUCAGCCACAACCGGCUGCAGUACAUGCUACAGAACAACUUCUCAGACAUCGCCCCCGAGCCGCCCCGGCUACAAAUCUGCCAAGUAGUAACCGAAAGCUUUCCCCUACUCACCCACAUUAAGGCUGAACACCCACAGUCCCCGCUGUCUCCGUCAUCGCACACACUCGGUGAUGGUGAAAGCGGGGAUUACGAUGGCGGUGAAAGCGGGGGUUACGAUUGUGUGAAGGAGGAAGCGAUGCAUUGUGAGCCGGAGACCUUUGUCAAUGAUCUGCAGUUUGAAACUAAGAAGAAGAAGGAUAAGAAGCCACCAAAAAUAAAAGAGAAAACAAAGAAGAAAGAUAAAGCCAAGCCUGAAAAGGUACCUCCAAAGAAAAAGGUAAAGACUCGGAAGAAACGGCUGAUAUCCUUGGAGGAGGAGCAGUUUGAUGAGAGAGAGGAGGUUGAGACGGAGGUAGUGGGAGAGAAGGAGGUAAAGGAUGUGAAGGAUGUCACUGUUAAGAGUGUGAUAGAUGCAGAUAUUGAACAAGAGAGGAUCCCCGAGAGCUCAAGACUGACGGACAGCAAGUGUCUGCCCGACAAGCCUCAAUGCGCCGAAUGCGGGAAGCACUUCAGCUCCAAGAAGACUUAUAGGUACCAUCUCAACGUCUUACAUAAAGGUCAGAACAGAUACCCGUGUCCUCGCUGCGGGAAGGUGUACCAAUGGAAGUCUAACCUUGGCCGACAUCUCAGAAGUCAUAAGGCUCGUGAUUCAGGUGAACUGUACUGCGCACUAUGCGACAAGCGAUUCGCGUCCGUCGCCACCUACAGGCAACACCUCCGAGUGUCGCGCCGACACGUCACCGAGACUGACUUCAGUUUCACGUGUCAUGAAUGUGGUAAGAAGUUCGUCAGUAAGACUCGACUCCGCGAUCACAUCGAUUGGGAACAUCUAAAUAAUAUCAAGUUUAGAUGCCAGCUCUGUAAUAAGGCGUUCAAAUGCCACACAUCUCUGUACGUGCACCUGCAGAACGUGCACAGGAACAAGGAGAAGAAGGACAACCUCUGCCACGUCUGCGGCAAGUCUUACCAGAACGCGGCCAAACUAAAGUACCACAUAGUAGCCAUGCAUACAGGAGAGACGCCGUACCGCUGUCAGCAGUGCAGCGCGGCCUUCGGCUGGUAUUCCUCCCUCUACCGACACGUCAGGGAGGUGCAUUACAAGAUGAAAAUGCAGCCGAAGAAAUCGAAAAAGAUUAAGAAGCCGGAAAUGCCCCCCCUACUCGUACACAAACCGGAAAUGGUUCCCUCGCUACUGAGUCAGAAGUCUGACAUGGGUCCGACAUUGCUGGGGCAGCAAUUGUCUCUCCCACCGCUACCCAUUGGCAACGCUCUAGGGACCAUAGAGCCUCGGUAGGCUCUAGAACGGCCGUAAAGACUAUAGAGACUCUAAGCUGACUCUAGUA